CCACUCUCACGGUUAUUGUGAGAUUUUGAGGAACAAGUCAAGUGUUGUCAGUGUCUUACGAGGGUAGGGCUCAGCUCAGCCAUAUUCUAUCUCUACGCCGCUAACUCUCUCUCACUCUCGCGCUCUCUCUUUCACAACCUUCACUUUACUCUCUCUGACAGCUAAAAUGCAAGGAGGAUUUCAAUCAUUUUUGUCACACGGGAAUGUCAUUAGAAAUGCUGUUCUACAACGGGUGCGCAUGGUGAACCCCCUGUUACAGCCAAUUGUCUCUUCGCGGUUUGAAUCUGUUACACCUGCUCGCAUUGAGGAGCAUGGUUUUGAGAGCACCACAAUUUCAGACAUCUUGAAUGAUAAAGGCAAGGGUGCUGAUGGCUCCUGGCUUUGGUGCACCACAGAUGAUACCGUUUAUGAUGCUGUUAAAUCGAUGACCCAAAACAAUGUUGGAGCUUUGGUUGUUGUGAAAUCUGAUGCGAAUAAGGCAAUUGCAGGGAUUAUUACUGAAAGAGAUUACUUAAGAAAGAUCAUCGUGCAGGGAAGAUCAUCCAAGUCUACCAAGGUUGGAGAUAUUAUGACUGAAGAGAACAAACUUAUCACAGUCACCCCUGAUACCAAAGUUCUACAGGCUAUGCAACUGAUGACUGAUAAAAGAAUCAGACACAUCCCUGUCAUAGAUGAAAAGGGAAUGGUUGGCAUGGUGUCCAUUGGAGAUGUGGUUCGUGCUGUGGUGCGCGAGCACCGACAAGAGGUGGAGCGCUUGAAUGCUUUCAUACAAGGGGGUUAUUAGAUAUGAUGAUGAAAAUUUCUCAAGGGCACUCAAGCUAAUUUGGAUUAUGUAAUAAGCUUGAGUGCUUGUAAAUAUGUUAUGGCCACAGAGCCUUCUUGUUUGCUUUCAUGUAAUUUCAGUUUUAUGGACAUUAACCCAGUGGAGUAGCAGCAUGUUAAUAAUAACAACUGGAUGCAGUUUGAAUUUGUUUUGAAUCAUGUUUCACUAGUGAGUGCAUGGAAUGGACACAGUUUGCAGAUGUUGA